AUGCUGUCAUCUGUAGCGCAAUUAAGUACGGCGAUGACUGGAGCGUUUAACAAGAAAACAUGUUGGGAAUUGAAAGGAUUAUCCCCGGGACAGUCAAAUAUUUGUGAACUGUUUGAUGACCAUAUGCCAGCAAUUGGAGCCGGUGCAAAGGCAGCUAUUGCGGAAUGUCAGUAUCAGUUCAGAAAUCAACGGUGGAACUGUUCAGCACCUUACGGAUCUGGAUAUGUUGGUCCUGUCCAUAAACUUGGUUCUCGCGAAGCCGCUUUCACCUACGCUAUUCUAUCUUCUGGUGUUGCACACGAGAUUGGACGUCGAUGUCGACUCGGACUGCUGAAAUCAUGUGGAUGCAGUCAAGCGGCAAGACCUAGAUAUGUUAAAGAAGAAUAUACUUGGGGUGGUUGCGGUGAUAAUGUAGAUUAUGGGAUCAGAUUCAGCAGAGAUUUUAUUGACAACAGGGAGAAAGAAGAGAACAGUGAACGUUCACCGAACAAGCGAUCAGAAGAUUUUUUGCGGACGGCAAUGAACAAAAAAAAUAAUGAAGCUGGACGGAAGCUGUUGAAAAGGAAUACAAAACCGAAGUGUAAAUGUCAUGGCGUUAGUGGCUCCUGUAACCUAAAGACCUGUUGGAUGCAAUUACCAACUAUGCGGAAAAUGGGAGAUAUAUUAUUGGAGAAAUAUAAAAUGGCCCGACGUGUUAAGUUGAACGUUCGCGGAAAUUUGCAAUAUCUUCCAGAUCCCGUUAAACGGGAAGAUAAACAUAUACCGUUGAGAAGAAAGAAUCGUUCAACACUGGUUGAGCUUGUCUAUAUUGAUGACAGUCCGGACUAUUGCAAUGAAAAUCGAGCACAGGGUACAAUGGGUACGAAGGGCCGAAUAUGCAGGCGAAGAUCCGACGGUCCGGAUGGUUGUAAUGCAUUAUGCUGUGGUCGGGGAUACCACAGUUACGUACAGCAUUUUGAGGAAGACUGUAAUUGUAAAUUUCAUUGGUGUUGUGAGGUAAAAUGUCAACGUUGCGUUAACACAACAACAGUUGAUGUUUGCAAAUAA